UGUAUUUUUAAUUCAUUCAUUUUUAAAAUUUAAUUAUAUUUAACACAUAAUUUACAGUGUGUAAAGAAACUAAUGGUCACAUGAUCUUUACAGAUGAGCUGCUCCCGUCUGGCCAUCGGUUCGGGGCCCCCAGGGGCCAGCUGGAACACAUACAAGACGUAUUUUAUUCCCUGUUCUGUACAUCCAUUAAACACAGAAUAACUGCAUCAGGAAACACUUGUUACUUUAUAAGAUCUGCUCUCUGAUAUUAUUUAUAUAACCUACCUGCUGCUGUACUACUCUAUGUUGUAUAUUUUGUUUGUUUUUAAUGGUUUGUUGCUCUACGCGUUUGUUUAGGAGAAGUUAAAGACAAGUUUCCACUGAGGUGGACAAUAAAGUCAACCAAUCAAUCAAUCAGCUGCUAAAUACUGAGCUGUGACCCUCGACCAGGCUGAACUAAUCCUCUCUCCUUCCCCUCCCAGCUGAGGAAUAAAAGCACCUUCACUUCCUCCGCCGCCUUCACACCAUGUUUCCUCUGCAGCUGCUCGCUCUGCUCUUCAUCUCCGCUUCACAACAUGAUCCGGAGGAGAAGAAGAAGAAGGAGAAAGAGAGUAAAUACGACCUGAUCUUCAGGAGGGGAGACCUGCUGGAGGUGCCCAGGACUCUGUUCACACACUUUGGGAUUUACCUGGGAGCAGGCAGAGUAGCUCACUUCAUCCCGGACAUCAUGCCCGUCAUCUCCAGUGACCAGUUUCAAAUCAAACAAAUGGUCACCAACAGCAGGCUCAUACUGGGAGUUCUGGCAAAGUGUGGCAGUGUGAGGGUGGACUCAGUGGAAGACUUCGCUUAUGGAUCAGAGAUAUUCAUUAACACCAUGGACAAGGUGUGCAGCCGGCCGGCGCUGCAGGGGGAGGAGGUGGCCAUGAGGGCGGAGAAGCUGCAGGGCGACGUGGCCUACAGCCUGCUGUGGUACAACUGUGAACACUUCGUCAUGUACUGUCGAUACGGAACCGUCAUGAGCUUCCAGACGUUCCAGUUCUGUAAGACGGUGCGGAAGCUGCUGCUGAGCCGGCGUGUUGCCAAGGUGACGGCGUUGCUAGGGGCCUGUCUGCUCCUCUACCUCAGAUCCGUGACGGCCUGCUCCGCCAUGCUGGCCGUCCUGCUGCCGUUCCUCAUCUGGAUGGCCUCGUAGACACAGACACGUUUAUCAGCAGAGUCAGUAAACUCUGUGUUCAACAAGUCAACAUGGAAAUAUGAAAUACACAUGAGAAUAAUCUGUAAAAAAAAAACAUGUAAAAUUAUGACAUGAGUCUAAUAAAGAUUGUAUUUUUCAGAGA